AUGUCGGCUGUGAUAAUGACCAUCAAGCAAAAGCUGUUCGCCCAGCCAAUGGUUGCGCCGGACAGCUUCAAAGGUAAAAAGGCCCUGGUCACAGGAGGCACCACCGGACUCGGCCUUGCCACUGCCAUCCACCUGGCGCAGCUCGGGGCUUCAACCAUUGCCAUCACCUGUAGAGAUGCGACUCGUGGUGAGAAUGCCAAGAAGAAGAUUGAAGAGGCCGCCGGAUCUUCCAAGGUCACCGUCAAGGUGCUGGGCCUCGACAUGGGCAGGUACCAGUCGGUUGUGGCCUUUACCGAGACGGUCAAGAAGGAGUUUGCCACCGAUGGCGGUCUGGAUUGGAUCUGUCUGAAUGCGGGGGUUCACAAUGCUUCAUGGGAGCAGAGCCCUGAGGGUUGGGAUAUGGUGAUUCAAGUCAACGUGCUCAGCACGGUCCUCAUCUCGUUGUUGCUGCUGCCCUGGCUCAAAGAGCUUCGUAGCCAGCGCCAAAGCCCGGCGCACCUCACCAUCGUCAGUUCCGGCAGGCACACGAGCCCCAACAUCUCCAAGUGGGAGAAAUUUGCCGAGCGGGACGGAGGUCUGCUCAAGCACUUCAGCGCAAAGGAGAACUGGCCCGGUUCGCCGGGCCAGUAUGGGAGUUCCAAGCUGUUACUGCAAUAUUCCGUCAAGGAGAUUUCGCAGCAGGCGCUUGACGCUCAGGGGAAACCCGACGUCAUCAUCAACACAUGCUGCCCCGGAAUGGUCUGGACCGAGAUAGCUCGAACGCUCAAGGACAAGCACUUUAUCCUCAGGAGCGUUGAGCCAGUCCUCAUGACGCUACUCGCUCAAAGGCCUGACAUCGGCGCCCGUACCUAUCUCAAGGCAGGUGUCACUACUGAGGCUGAGCAUGGCAAAUUUAUCAACAACUAUAUUGCAGACGACGCGUAUGCCAAGAAAUCGGAACCCGUGCUUACGAGCGAAACCGCCCAAAAGGUCCAGAAACUUGCCUGGGCCGAAGUGAUAGGGGAGCUCACAUCCAAGGUGCCGGCCGUCUCGCAAGUCUCGCCAGCAAAGUAG